AUGGGGCUCUUCGACCGCCUGCCCCCCAUGGACCACCUCCGCUCCGAGAAGAUGUGCCUCGUGCAGCUCAUUUUCCCCGCCGAGAGCGCGCGCCUCGCCGUCACCUACCUCGGCGAGCUCGGCCUCCUCCAGUUCAAGGACUUGAAUGAGGAUAAGAGUCCUUUUCAGCGUAUAUUUGUCAACCAGGUAAAGCGAUGUGCAGAGAUGACUCGUAAGCUGAAGUUUUUCAGUGAUCAGAUCAACAAGGCAGGUGUUAAGUCUUCUGUCCGUCCUGCACUACAACCAGAAAUUGAUUUGGAGGAGCUAGAGGCAAAAUUGGGUGAGCAUGAGCAUGAGCUGCUUGAGAUGAAUACUAAUAGUGGGACACUACGGCAGACAUACAAUGAACUUCUUGAAUUCAAACUGGUCUUGUCAAAGGCAGGUAGCAUCCUUGCUGCUUCUCAAAAUCAUGCAACUCCAGCUGACCAUGAGCUAGAUGAACAUAUAUAUGACAAGGAAGUGGAUGAAGGAAAUGGCUAUUUGCUUGAACAGGGAAUACAGCAAGGGGCCUCGGAAUCUGGUGUUAGGUUUGUUAGUGGGAUAAUACUGAAGUCCAAGGCAUUGGCUUUUGAGAGGAUGCUUUUCCGAACUACAAGGGGAAAUUUGUUUUUCAAUCAGGCAUCUGCAGGGGAACCUGUUAUGGAUCCCAGUUCUGGUGAAGAGGUAGAGAAGACUGUUUUUGUAGUUUUCUUUUCGGGCGAGCAGGCUAAAGCAAUAAUAUUGAGGAUUUGUGCUUCAUUUGGAGCAAAUUGCUACCCUGUUCCUGAGGAGACUGUCAAGCAGAGACAAAUUCUUCGUGAGGUAUCAUCACGCCUGGGUGAUCUAGAAGUCACCUUGGAUGCUGGAAUCCAGCACAGAAACAAAGCACUUGAGUCAGUUGGGUCCCAAUUAUGGAGGUGGAUACUCAUGGUAAAAAAAGAGAAAGCUGUUUAUGAUACACUGAACAUGUUGAACUUUGAUGUGACAAAGAAAUGCCUUGUUGGAGAAGGAUGGUGCCCAAUAUUCGCUAAAUCUCAGAUCGAGGAUGUUUUGCAGCGUGCAACUCUUCACAGCAACUCACAAGUUGGAAUAAUAUUUCAUGAGAUGGACACUAUUGAUUCGCCACCUACAUACUUCCGAACUGAUAAAUUUACGAAUGCUUUCCAGGAGAUUGUUGAUGCAUAUGGUGUUGGUCGAUAUGAAGAAAUUAAUCCAGCUGUAUAUUCUGUUAUCACGUUCCCAUUUCUUUUUGCUGUUAUGUUUGGAGAUUGGGGUCAUGGAAUAUGUCUGUUAAUUGGAGCUUUGAUUCUUAUACUUCGUGAAAAGAAACUUUCCUCUCAGAAGCUUGAUAGCUUUACGGAGAUGGCAUUUGGUGGGCGUUAUGUGAUUCUUCUGAUGGCGUUGUUCUCAAUAUACUGUGGGCUCAUAUACAACGAAUUCUUCUCUGUUCCAUUCCAUAUAUUUGGCAAAUCAGCAUAUGCGUGUCGAGAAAAUUCCUGCAGUGAUGCAUAUACUGCUGGCCUCGUAAAAGUUCGUGAUCCCUACCCUUUUGGAGUGGACCCAAGUUGGCGUGGAAGUCGAUCUGAGCUACCCUUUCUAAAUUCUUUGAAGAUGAAGAUGUCAAUACUGAUGGGUGUCUCCCAGAUGAACUUGGGAAUUUUAUUGAGUUAUUUUGAUGCAAAGUUUCAUAAAAAUGCCCUAGACAUUAGGUACCAAUUCAUACCGCAGCUGAUUUUCCUGAAUAGCCUCUUUGGUUACUUAUCACUCCUGAUUCUCAUUAAGUGGUGCACGGGGUCUAAAGCCGAUCUGUAUCACGUGAUGAUAUAUAUGUUCCUUGACCCUGCUGGAGAUCUUGGAGAGAAUCAACUUUUUUGGGGACAGAAGGAACUCCAGAUACUUUUGUUGCUUCUGGCCCUUGUAGCUGUUCCAUGGAUGCUCUUCCCAAAGCCUUUCAUUCUAAAGAAACUUCAUAAGGAGAGAUUUCAAGGUCACAGCUAUCGCUUCCUUGGGACAUCUGAAAUGGAUCCAGAUUCUGAACCCGACUCUGCCCGUUCACGUCAUGAUGAUUUCAAUUUUGGUGAAGUUUUUGUUCAUCAAAUGAUACACUCCAUCGAGUUUGUUCUCGGGGCUGUCUCAAAUACUGCAUCAUACCUUCGACUUUGGGCCUUGAGCUUGGCACAUUCUGAGCUAUCAACAGUUUUCUACGAGAAGUUGCUGCUAUUUGCAUGGGGGUAUGAUAGCCUUAUCUUCAAGGUAGUGGGGCUUAUAGUGUUUGCUUUUGCUACUGCCUUCAUAUUGCUCGGGAUGGAAUCACUGAGCGCCUUUCUUCAUGCAUUGCGUCUACACUGGGUUGAGUUCAUGAACAAGUUCUAUCAUGGGGAUGGCUACAAAUUCAAACCAUUCUCAUUUGCUCUGCUAGCAGACGACGAAGAAUGA